AUGUCAAAGACUGAGGUACACGAUUCUGCUACGCAGAAAAAUGAAUUGAACGAGCACGAACAGCAUUAUUUCACUUCUUAUGACCAUUUUGGUAUCCACGAGGAAAUGUUGCAAGAUACUGUUCGUACUUUGUCGUACCGUAACGCUAUCGCACAAAACAAGGACUUUUUCAAAGACAAGGUUGUUUUGGAUGUUGGAUGUGGUACAGGUAUUCUUUCUAUGUUUGCCGCUAAAAAUGGUGCCAAACACGUUAUUGGUGUUGACAUGUCCAGCAUCAUCGAGAUGGCUAAGCAGAUUGUCGAAUUGAACGGUUUAUCUGACAAGAUCACUUUGUUGCGUGGUAAGUUGGAAGACGUUGUUCUACCAUACAAGAAGGUUGAUAUCAUCAUUUCCGAAUGGAUGGGUUACUUUUUGCUAUACGAAUCCAUGAUGGACACCGUUCUAUAUGCCCGUGACAACUAUUUGGUUGAAGGUGGUUUGAUCUUCCCAGACAAGUGUUCAAUCCACGUUGCCGGUCUUGAAGAUGCCAAGUACAAGAAUGAAAAACUGAAUUACUGGCAAAACGUGUAUGGUUUCGAUUACUCUCCAUUCAUUCCAUUGGUUAAGAGAGAACCAUUGGUGGAUACCGUCGAAAACAGUGCCGUCAACACCACCAAGUGUAAGUUGAUUGAAUUCGAUCUAAACACAGUAACUAUCCCAGACUUGGCUUUCAAGAGUAAAUUCAAACUCCACACCAAGAGACAAGACUUCAUUAACGGUAUAAUCUCAUGGUUCGACAUCGAGUUCCCUGCUCCAAAGGGUAAGAAGCCUGUUACUUUCUCCACUGGUGCCCAUGCUGCAUACACUCACUGGAAACAAACCGUGUUCUACUUGGAAGACGACUUGGAAUGUGAACCAAACGAUGUUCUAGAAGGUGAAUUGGUUUGUGUUCCAAACAAGGUAAAUAACAGAGACUUGGACAUUACCAUUUCUUACAACUUCAAGGCCGGUGGCCCUGAUGGUAAAGAAAGAUCAAGAAAGGGUAAAAACUCCUACAUAAUGCAUUGA